UUUCACUCAUGGAGAUGAAACCUCCUAUUUCCCGAGCAAAAAUGAUUCUCAUCACAAAAGCUGCCAUUAAAGCUAUUAAGCUCUACAAGCAUGUUGUCCAGAUUGUAGAGAAGUUCAUCAAAAAGUGCAAACCAGAAUACAAAGUCCCUGGACUGUAUGUCAUUGACUCGAUUGUUCGUCAGUCUCGUCACCAGUUUGGAACGGACAAGGAUGUUUUUGGGCCAAGAUUCUCUAAAAAUAUUACCGCCACAUUCCAGUAUUUGUAUCUCUGUCCAUCUGAAGACAAGAGUAAAAUAGUCCGUGUCCUGAACCUUUGGCAGAAAAACGGAGUGUUUAAAAUUGAGAUCAUUCAGCCUCUCCUGGAUAUGGCAGCGGGAACUAGUACUGCUGCCCCAAUGACAGAAAAUGCUACUAACAAUGAAGGUUCGCCGCCCCCUCCAGCAAAGGUUUCUUCAGAGCCCCCUCAAGUCCCCGUUAACUCCGUACCCACUGUGCCACAGUUGCCCAGUUCCGAUGCCUUUGCGGCUGUAGCUCAGCUCUUCCAGACAACACAAGGACAGCAGCUUCAGCAGAUUCUUCAGACUUUCCAGCAGCCUCCCAAGCCCCAGUCACCGGUCAUCGAUAACACUGUGAUGGCUCAGGUUCAAGCCAUUACUGCGCAGCUGAAGACUACGGCGGCAGCAGCGGCUGCAGCGCAAGCACCAGAACAAAAAGCUGUUUUCGCACCACCCGAGCAAAAAACAUCGUUUGACAAGAAGCUGCUAGAUCGAUUUGACUAUGAUGAUGAACCCGAAGCUGUGGAGGAUCCAAAGAAGGAAGAUUCAGCUCCUUCUCCAUCAAUUUCUCAGCCAGCUUUUGGAUUUCCAGCAGAAGGUAUGCAACAGCCAGUAUUUCCACAACUCCCAAAUAUGGAUCCUUUCCAGCAACGAAUGAUGGGAAUGCAACAGGACCCAAUGCGCCACCAGGUUCCACUUCCUCCUAACGGGCAAAUGCCGGGUUUCGGUCUCCUGCCUACGCCGCAGUUUCCACCCCUGGCUCAGCCUGUGAUUCCGCCAGCAGCACCGGUGCAGCAGACAUUUCAGACUCCUUUCCCUGUACAAACUGAAACACAUAUGCAGAAAACACAUCAGCAGGAUAUGGAAGUGGAACAGCCCCCUAUUCAAGAAGGAAAAAGACAUGUUUCUGACAGCAGAAAGUCAAGAUCUAGAUCUGCAUCAAGGUCACCUAAGAGGAGGCGUUCRCGCUCAGGCUCCAGGUCUCGGCGGUCCCGCCACCGCCGGUCCCGCUCGCGAUCCCGGGACCGGCGCCGGCACUCGCCCAAGUCACGGUCGCAGGAGAGGCGGGAGCGCGAGAGGGAGAGGGAGCGCAGGUCCAAGGGCCUCCCGCAGAUCAAGUCAGAAACUGUCAGCGUCUGUAGUACUACGCUUUGGGUCGGACAACUUGACAAAAGGACUACUCAGCAGGACGUUGGAAGUCUUUUAGAGGAGUUUGGCCCGAUUGAAUCAAUAAAUAUGAUACCGCCUAGAGGAUGUGCCUAUAUUGUAAUGGUUCACAGGCAAGACGCUUACCGUGCCCUACAGAAACUGAGCCGAGGCAACUUCAAAGUGAACCAGAAAUCUAUAAAGAUUGCAUGGGCUUUGAAUAAAGGAAUAAAGCCGGAUUACAAGCAGUAUUGGGAUGUCGAAUUGGGUGUGACCUACAUACCAUGGGACAAAGUGAAGCCUGAAGAUCUGGAAAGCUUUUGUGAAGGAGGAAUGCUGGACAACGAAACCCUUUGUCCAGAGUGGAAAGGGAUUCCCAAGAAGGCUGAAAAUGAAGUAGCUCAAAACGGAGGUGCAGAAGCUACACACAAUGAACCAGUGUCACCUAUACCUAAAGCUUUACCCGUUCCAAUUCCCAUUCCCAUGCCUGCACCAAUAACUGUCCCUCCUCCACAGGUUCCACCACAUCCCUCAGGUCCUCCCGUGGUGGGUGCUCUCCAGCCCCCUGCCUUCACAGCACCUUUAGGGAUCCCUCCUCCUGGAUUUGCUCCUGGGGUGCCACCGCCGCCACCACCCCCCUUCUUACGACCAGGGUUCAACCCGAUGCAUUUACCACCAGGCUUUCUUCCUCCUGGACCACCACCACCUAUAACUCCUCCAGUAUCUGUUCCUCACACUCCAGCAGUUAAUAUCCCAAAUUCUACAGCAGCUGGUGUAAAUGAAGACACUACAAAAGAUGCAUCUGUUGGAAAUCCCAUCCCUACGGUGGUAUCUGGAUCCAGAGGGAAUGCAGAAACUAGUGAUAGUUCCAAAAUAUACGGGACUGUUCCACCGCCUGUAGCACCUACUAGUGUUCCUCCUCCUGUUACCCAAGCUAUUCCACUUCUUGGUACCCAAGCGGUGGCAACGCCGCCACCGCCGGCGCCUGUCGUUGGGCUGCAGACUCCGUCCACGGGGCUGCUGGGCGCGCGGCCCGGCUUGAUCCCGCUGCAGCGACCGCCGGGGAUGCCGCCACCGCCGCCGCCGCUCCAGCGCUUCCCCCUGAUGCCGCCGCGCCACAUGCCGCCCCACAUGAUGCCCCGGGGGCCGCCGCCCGGGCCCGGCGGCUUCACCAUGCCGCCGCCGCACGGCAUGAAGGCGCCCUUCCCGCCGCCCGGCCAUUUUGUGAGGCCGAGCGGCGGCAUGGCCGGCAGCAGCGGCCCGAGCGGAGCGGAGGACAACAGGGAUGGGCGGCAGCAGUUCAGGAAUGACAGGCAGACUUUCACUCCUAACAGAGACCAGGAGAGGUUUGGAGGAAGGAGAUCGUUUGGGAACCGGGUGGAGAACGAUCGCGAGCGCUACGGGAACCGCGGCGGCGACGACCGAGAGCAYGAGCGGCCUGGGAACCGCGAGAGGAGAGAGUGGGGCAGGCGGAGCCCCGAGCGAGAGCGGCACAGAGACAUGGAGGACAGGAGCAGGCGCUCCAGCGGGCACCGGGACCGCGAGCGCGACUCCAGGGAUAGGGAGUCUCGCAGGGACAAGGAAGAAGCCCGGGGCAAGGAGAAGGCCGAGGUGACGGACAGGGCGGACGGCGACAAGAACCACGACUCCCACAGCGGCAGGAUGGAAGAGGCAGACAUUGUUUCCGAACUGGGCCAAGGCGAGCGCGACCCCACGGGCGCAGAGGCGGAYGAAGCGCUGCCGCCCGCGGCUACCUCAUGUGCGGAACCUGCCGACAAGGACGGGGGCUCGGCGGCGGAGGCCCCGCGCUAGAGCCGGGYGCCGCUCAGCCCCCGGCGCGGACCCGGUUGCUCGGCGUGCCGAGCGGUGGCCUUGUACAGUCUGCUGUAUCAUACCUGCUUCAGCCCCCACCGCGGCCCCGCCGCGCUCGCGGCGGCGCUGCGAGCAAUUUGAUUGCUGCCCUCCUAUUUAAAAUAGCCACCACGUAACACAAGAUACUGAAGACGUGAUUAAAAUAUUACCCGUUUUUUUGCUGUAACUUUUUUAAAGUUUUGACUUUAAA